AAGUAAACAAUGCCCUGAAAUUUGAAGCCUCAACCAUGGCUCACUCUGAUAGUCUGAUCCCCUAAAGAAGAAGAAGAACAAAAAAAACAUGGCUCACUCUGGUAGUCUGCCUGCUGUAAACAGAAGAAUACUAAAACUUCAACUCACGGUACAAGUUGUUUUCAGAGACGAGAUAGGAUGCCCGGCUUUCCCUGAUCCCCUGGUUCCGAUUCCGACGAAGGAAAACGAAACGAGGCCGUGCCUCGAGGAAAGGCGCCGCCGCAUGCGAUCGAUGCAACAAGCACAUGCGCCGCCGUGGUCCGGGACCGGGAGGGAAGCGGGGGAGCAGCUAGGCAUUUUCACUUUCACCACGCAAAGCGAUUCGAGCCUGGGGGAGAUCUGGUCGGGCGAGGGCGCGACCCGGCCUGCCUUGGACGCCACGUCCAAGCUAGGCACCCGAUGCGGUGCAUGCCAUCCCCUGCAUCGUCCUCCGCCCUCCCGAUCACGUCUCACGAUCAUCAUCUCAGGCAGAGUAUAAAGCCCAAAAUACUAGCCUUCCCCGUUCCAUCCCCGACCUACUGAAUCUCCCUCUCUUUCCUCGGUGCCCCACUAGCUAUCCCGUUGCCUAUCGAUCCUUUGCCUUCCUCCAGGAAUCGCGCUAGCUAGCUUCCGCGUUCUGAUCAAGUUUGUUUGGUGCGUGAGCGUGACUACGAUCGGAAUCGGAAGAUGGGUAAAACAUGGGCGCUCAUCACCCACCUCCACGCUCUUGCAGGGCCGAGUCUCACUCUGAUAUACCCUCUGUACGCGUCGAUCUGCGCGAUGGAGAGCACGACCAAGGUGGACGACGAGCAGUGGCUGGCCUACUGGAUAAUCUACUCCUUCAUCACCCUCUUCGAAAUGGCCGCCGAGAACGUCCUCUACUGGAUACCGCUGUGGUAUGAGGCGAAACUGCUCUUGGUGGCGUGGCUGGUCCUGCCGCAGUUCAGGGGCGCCUCCUUCAUCUACGACAAGUUCGUCAGGGAGCAGCUGAGGAAGAACGGGGUGAGGCUGCACGAUCACCAUGGCCACGGCCACGGCCACGCCGCCGAUCACGUGCCCGACGUCUUCCAGAAUGAGCAUCAUGGCGUGCACUGAGAGGAGAGCUCCCCUGGAGAAUCUACGUUGUUCAUCGGAGAAGAAACCUGACCGGCCAGAGUCAUUCCAUCUUGGUAAUACAAUGGAGCCACCGGUUCGUGUGUCAUCACCUCAACUGCGCAGGACGGCCGGGUGACCGUGUCUCAUAAGCUCUUGUGCUGUGCUCACUGUAUCACAUCGUAACAACACUUGGGCAUCGAUCCAGUCUGUGCUCGUCC